GAACCCCCGACCCCGGCCCCCACGCCGUCGCCGAUUCCCGGCCCUCUCGGUCCCGCGCUGCCCCCUUAAAAGCUGGGGCCAAGCACAGGAACGACAGGCGUUGCAGCCAAUGAUGUCGCUCACGGUGAACCUGACACCCAAUCAAAAGGCGCGGCUGCUAGGGAACGGGUGGGAAGCACGCCGGACUCCAGGUGACUCCGGGCAGGGAGGGGAACGUGUCUCCGUCAGCUGAUCGAGUCCCGUGCAACCGGCGAGUAAUCGGGGACGAAGCUGCGGGAGCGCGCGGACAGUGGCCAGCCGCGGAAUAGUUGUGUGCUGCAGCCACGAAGGAGGGUGAUGGAAGGGCGUCAAGAGGCUGGGAAGGAGAACAAGCCCUCCUCCACAUCAGUGGACCCGCAGGGAGACAGCUCCUUACAGGUGGAGAUCUCUGAUGCAGUGAGUGAGCGGGACAAGGUGAAAUUCACUGUUCAAACCAAGAGCUGCCUCCCUCACUUCGCCCAAACGGAAUUCUCAGUUGUGCGGCAGCACGAGGAGUUCAUCUGGCUCCACGAUGCCUACGUGGAAAAUGAGGAGUACGCCGGCCUCAUUAUCCCCCCAGCCCCUCCAAGGCCAGACUUUGAGGCUUCGAGGGAAAAGCUGCAGAAGUUGGGCGAGGGGGACAGCUCCAUCACGCGGGAAGAGUUUGCCAAAAUGAAGCAGGAGCUGGAAGCGGAGUACCUGGCAAUCUUCAAGAAGACAGUUGCAAUGCAUGAGGUCUUUCUGCAACGCCUGGCGGCCCACCCCACCCUGCGUCGAGACCACAACUUCUUUGUCUUUUUGGAAUAUGGCCAGGAUCUCAGUGUCCGAGGAAAGAACAGGAAGGAGCUCCUUGGGGGAUUUCUGAGGAAUAUUGUGAAGUCUGCAGAUGAAGCCCUCAUCACCAGCAUGUCAGGGCUCAAGGAGGUGGAUGACUUCUUUGAGCAUGAGAGGACCUUCCUGCUGGAGUACCACACCCGGAUCCGGGAUGCCUGCCUGCGGGCAGACCGUGUCAUGCAGUCCCACAAGUGCCUGGCAGAUGAUUAUAUCCCUAUGUCUGCUGCACUGAGCAGUCUGGGAACACAGGAAGUCAACCAGCUAAAGACGAGCUUCCUCAAAUUGGCGGAACUCUUUGAACGACUAAGGAAGCUGGAAGGCCGAGUGGCCUCUGACGAGGACCUCAAGCUGUCAGACAUGCUGAGAUACUACAUGCGAGACUCACAGGCGGCCAAGGACCUGCUGUACCGGCGGCUGCGGGCGCUGGCCGACUACGAGAACGCCAACAAGGCACUGGACAAGGCACGUACUAGGAACCGGGAGGUGCGGACCGCGGAGAGCAACCAGCAACUGUGCUGCCGACGCUUCGAACGCCUCUCUGACUCGGCCAAGCAGGAGCUCAUGGAUUUCAAGUCCCGCCGUGUGUCCUCCUUCCGCAAGAAUCUCAUCGAGUUGGCAGAGCUGGAGCUCAAACACGCUAAGGCCAGCACCCUCCUUCUCCGGAACACCCUUGUCGCGCUCAAGGGGGAGCCUUAGAGCAGCCAGAGCCUGCUCUGGGGCCUUUUAGUGGCAAGAGCCCCCCCACCUCCUCACCCCAACAAGAUGCCACCCCCACAGCAGCCACUAGCCAGGCCCCAUGACCUCCCAGGGCAAGGGCAAGCCCAAGCCCUACUCCCACCCAAAGGUGUCAGGUCCUACAAAAGGAAGAUAGGGCAGCAUGAGUACCAUCCUUGGUCACAGGUAAGCAGAACCCCAGCUUUGGGGAGGCCUGGGACCUGGACCUCCCUCCUCUCCUGGGGGCCAAGGGGCAGCCCCCACACCUUGUCCCCCACCCCACCCCCAGAGUUCAUUUGUCCCCAUCCUGUUCACAAAUAAAGAACUUGGUUCUUGCUA